GCAGGUGUACGAGACCCCGUUCCGGCAACUUUGAACCAGUGCAAUGGCGACUCCAGUCAACGGGGCCCAUGAGGAUGCUGACCUGUGGUCCUCACAUGAGAAAAUGCUGGUGCAGCCCCUGAAAGACAGCGACGUUGAGGUUUACAACAUCAUUAAGAAGGAGAGUAACCGGCAGAGGGUCGGAUUGGAGCUGAUCGCCUCAGAGAAUUUCGCCAGCCGAGCAGUUUUGGAGGCCCUAGGGUCUUGCUUAAACAACAAGUACUCUGAGGGGUAUCCAGGCCAGAGGUAUUACGGCGGGACUGAGUUUAUCGAUGAGCUGGAGCUCCUCUGUCAGAAGCGAGCGCUGCAGCUCUAUGAUCUGGACCCCCAGUGCUGGGGGGUCAACGUUCAGCCCUACUCAGGCUCCCCUGCAAACUUCGCAGUAUACACCGCCCUGGUGGAACCCCAUGGGCGCAUCAUGGGCCUGGACCUGCCCGAUGGGGGCCACCUGACCCAUGGGUUCAUGACAGACAAGAAGAAAAUCUCUGCUACAUCCAUCUUUUUUGAAUCUAUGCCCUAUAAGGUACACCCAGACACUGGCUACAUCAACUAUGACCAGCUGGAGGAAAACGCCCGCCUCUUCCACCCGAAGCUGAUUAUCGCAGGAACCAGCUGCUACUCCCGAAACCUGGACUACGCUCGAUUGCGGAAGAUUGCAGACGACAAUGGGGCGUAUCUCAUGGCCGACAUGGCACACAUCAGCGGGCUGGUGGCGGCUGGUGUGGUGCCCUCCCCCUUCGAACACUGCCACGUGGUGUCCACCACCACCCACAAAACUCUGCGGGGCUGCCGGGCCGGCAUGAUCUUCUACAGGAGAGGAGUGCGCAGUGUGGAUCCCAAGACCGGCAAGGAGAGUCUGUACAACCUGGAGUCGCUCAUCAACUCUGCCGUGUUUCCAGGCCUCCAGGGAGGUCCCCACAACCACGCCAUUGCUGGGGUGGCUGUGGCCCUGAAGCAAGCCCUGACUCCGGAAUUCAGGCUCUACCAGCGCCAGGUGGUGGCCAACUGCAGGGCUCUGGCUGAGACCUUGAUGGGGCUGGGCUACAAAGUCGUAACAGGUGGUUCUGACAACCAUUUGAUCCUCGUGGAUCUCCGUUCCAAAGGCACGGAUGGAGGCAGGGCUGAGAAGGUGCUAGAAGCCUGUUCUAUUGCCUGCAACAAGAACACCUGCCCAGGUGACAAAAGCGCACUGCGGCCCAGCGGACUGCGACUGGGGACCCCAGCACUGACGUCCCGAGGGCUUUUGGAAAAAGAGUUCCAAAUAGUAGCCCAGUUUAUUCACAGAGGGAUAGAACUGACUCUGCAGAUUCAGAACGAUGUCGGUGUCAAGGCCACCCUGAAGGAAUUCAAGGAGAAACUAGCAGGGGAUGAGAAGCACCAAGGGGCUGUCAGGGCUCUGAGGGAGGAGGUAGAGAGCUUCGCGUCUCUCUUCCCCUUGCCUGGCCUGCCUGACUUCUAGAGGAGCUGGUGGCCACACCUGCCCAGCACGGGAGCAUGGGGACUGCCCAGGAGCCACCUGCUCAAAGACCCAGUGCCCUUCUGAAGAGAGACAGAAAAGCUGCCCCACACAGGACCUGAUCAACUUCUUUGUCCCCUCUGAGGAAAUUUCUUUUUGGACUUUUCUCACAUUAUCUUCUUCACAAAUCAAAAUUUGUUUAAGG